UGUGGCUUCAACGAAAUCAGUCGUAGUUUUUUUUCGUCUGAAAAGCUUUAAAUGUAGAACGUUGAAAAAUUGUCAAAAACCUAUGUGAAAGUGUUAACUAAAAGUGAUUGAUUCUAGUUUUUGUGUUUGUGAUCAAUUUUGUUUAGAUGUUUGCGAGAUUAUCUGUAAAAACGUGCAUUUCCGGCGAAUGAAAAGAAUCCAUUAGUAACCCAUAAUUCGGGUUUCUUCUUACGAAGCAGAACAUUCACCACCAGCAGAGUUACUGCUAUUUGACCGUGCGGAAAUCCUUCGAGAUGGUCGACUCGAUGAAGACUAAUCAGACCUACGUUCAGAACCAGCACUCAGUAGAUGAUUGCGAUGCUGUAGUAUUGUCGCAGAUUCCGACCAGCGAAUUGAUGAUGGAUUUGGACGGGGAAAUAUUUCAGAAAUAUCAGGAGGUACUGAAGUUGGAAUCACUUCCGGAUAUGAUCCAGGACAACCAACCGACGCAACCUGUAAAUCCGAUGAUGCCCCCAGUUGUUCUGGAUCAUAUGAACAAAACGCCAACACUGGAAGAGUACCACGAUCCGGUAUUCAAUUUCCAUGUGGAUCUGAACGGCGAAACCAGUGGCAGAUCCAGUUGGAUGUUUUCGUCCUCGCUGAACAAAGUCUUCGUGAAAAUGGGUCAGACAUGCACGUUCAAUGUUUCCUAUCAGUCGCUUAGCUAUCAGGAGUUGCAACUGCGGGCGAUGUUGGUCUGCUCUGCUCCGGAAGACAUGCAUCAUCCGGUGUUUCGAUGCAACGACCACCGCGGUAGUCAUCCGAAAGUUCCCGAGGAUGUCGAGGUACACGUGAUGCGCUGUUUCAACCCAUCGGCGCAAUAUGUUGGUAAUGCGGACGGGAUAGCCUUCAAGGACCGCCUGGCGGUGAUUAUUCCCUUGGGCACCACUGCCCAGGAUCAGGCAUCACUGAAUGUUUCGCUUGAGUUCGUAUGUCAAAAUUCGUGUAAAAUUAUCAACCGGCGGGCCACGGCAAUCAUUUUCACACUGGAGGACAGAAGCGGUCAGAUUCUAGGGAAGAAAUCGCUGUACCUCAAGGUGUGCAGUUGUCCCAAGCGCGACAAACAGAAGGAGGAAGAAGGUUUGGCAUCUACCAAACGCAAGAGCGAUGAACAACUCCGAGCACCGGCGGGCAAAAAAGUGGCCAAAGUUUCUGCCGCACAUCGUCAUCCCUCGGGUCAGCAGCUGCAACAGCAAACACAGCGUCAAUCGUCGCCACCACUGCCCGGCAAGUUGGCUGCCUACAUCAAAAAGGAACAAUCGCCCGAUUCUUCCCCAUCAUCCGUUUCACACUAUCACCAGCGGCGAGCUCGCUCGCUUACUCCCUACAACAGUCAGGAACUGGUCGAGCAGACGGCUACCACCAUCAGCAUUCCGCUGCCGAGUGUGCCGGCGGCUGUCAAAGUGGCCGAAUAUGCUUUUCAGGUGGUCGCCGGUGAUCUGGUUCGCUGCGUCGACGAUGACCAGCGGAAGCAUCUGGCCGCCUUUCUGACGCAAAUUCGACGGCUGCAGAGACGCCUCAACAUGCGCCGUACUGUGCACGCCAACAGCUCGACGGACUCGGAGUAGCGAAGUCUGAUGUUGCCCGACAUUAAACUACAUUCUCUACCUACAAAAAAAUAGAUAAUAGACUAACACAAAUUAUGUUAAGAUUCCUGGGUGGGGCCGCUUUGUUGCCCACCCUAUUUUUUACUAACAUUCGGUUAAUCGUAAAAAACCAUCGUGUAGAUGUUGAACGUUUCGCGAACAUAUGUAUGCUACAAAAUAUAAUAGUAGGAAACAGUACUAUAAACCUCAUUUAUGUUAGGUUAGGAAAGCAACAGGAUUUGAUAAGAUGUCGUUUAUUUUAUCCUGGUUUAAAAAAGCAAAAGAAGAUUUUAGGCCCACGCAGGUUUUCACGACAGCUCGGGAGAGCUUAAUCCUAUCUUUUCUUCAGUUCCAGUGUCUUCCUAAUAACGUUUGGCUGUCGAUUCCAAUAUUAUUAUUGUUAAUUAGCGUCUGUUAGCUGACUGCUGCAUAUCUGAAUCAGUUUUUUUUUCUGUCGAAUCAUAUUGAACCAGUAGUAUCAGGUUGUCUUUAUUUGUUGAAACGUUUUAUUUUCCUUCCCCAUCAUGUGCCAAUAAAUGUUUAUCUUCCUAUCAACUGUAGACUGUUUCUUCGAGAUAUUUUAUUUUGCCUCCCGUCAGUUCGGUAGCGAUUCCAGUCGCAUGCGCGAUUGUCGAUCAGUGCAAUUCUGUAACUUAAAUUCGAUGAUUGGCGGCUGGAAGUAGAAUGCUCGUCGUUAGGAUUUCGUGGCACUAAGCCUUUAAAUAACGUGAAUCUUAAGUAUUUUCCUACUCGUGAACUAGUGUUCGCACAACUAGGGUAACAGAGGUAUUUUGGCCCACUUUAGGAUUGAUUUUAUUUUGGCCCACUUUAUAAAAAAUAUCCACAAAAUAUUGUAAUAUCUUUAAAAAGCCCCUUCCGCAAUAUGUAAUUUAAUGUGAUUAGCUUCAAAUUGAUGCAAAAUGAGUUACUUAACAUCGAUAAAAUCCGAUGAAAUCGAUAGUUUGUUAGGUGGGCCAAAAUAUAUGAAGUGGCCAAAAUACCUCUGUUACCCUACUGCAUUUUGCGUGCAAGGCUAAUAGUAUGUUCACAUUAGUGCUAAUAUCAAGUGAUAUACGGAUAUACUUGAUAUCCGAUGAUAUCAUGUGCGAUAUCACAUGAUAUCCCAUACAAUUUGAUAUCAACGCGUAUCACCAUUUUGGCAUGAUUUCCGGGAUAUCAUCUACGAUAUCAUGUCGAGUUGUCAAAAAUCGCAACUAGCAACACGGAUAAUGGCAUUGAACGCACUCAUUCAUGAACGUCACUUCGAGAGUGAUAAUAAACAAUCAUUAUAAUUUCGAAUUUUUCAACGAAUGCUAGCGUUCGGAGACCAUUAAAUGCAAGACUUCAAUUAUUGAUUGAAUUGUAGAAGAGAAAAGCAAUAUUAUUGAUCUUACUCCUAAUGGGAACAUUCAAUAUGACAACUUGAUUGUCAAACGAUAUCAUUUCGAUCAUAUGUGAACACUUCCACGUGAUAUGCAUAUCAUCUCGGUAUAUCAAGUGAUAUAAGCGCUAAUGUGAACAUGGUAUAAGGCUAAGCCGUAUCCUGUCCUAUAAAAAGAUACGAAACGUGAUUAUUAAAGUGCUAUGCAGUGCUUUUAGUUGUAAUACUAGCUGUUAAAUCUAUUGUUCACUUAUUUGAAAAUAAGUUUAAAGAAAAAAAAACGCAACUAUGGGUGUGCCUUCUUUAAAAAAAUAAGCAUACUUGCAAAAAAGGUUAAAAAAAACUAUAAAAAAAGAACAAAAAACAAAUCUCAAAACUACACGGAAAAAGUCUUGAGAUAA